AUGAUAACGCCUAACCCACCAAAAUUGCAACGACAUGAAAAUAGUCCCGAGAUUACUAUUAACGACAAUGAAAAGAAUAGUUCUUCUAUUACUCCUCCGACACCACCCCCAGCGCUUCCACCCAUUAUAUUACCACGUUUUACGUCGUCACUAACUGGACAAUCUUCAUUUAACCAACGUGAAUCUCCACCAUUGUCGACAAAUAACAAUGCACAAUCGCAUCGUUUACCAUCCAUCCUACAAAAUAACGAUGUUCGUCAAUCUUCACCUUAUCCGAACUUUGCAUCACAUCAUCAGCCAUCAACGCCACGACAAUCAUCCGCCACACUUAUUCAAUCAGGAAGCCAUAAUAGUAACUCUGCUUGGGGUAGACCAAUGUCAUCACCUAAUAUGGCUGGUGGUACAUUUUUUAAUCAGCCACCACAGCCGCAAGAUUCGCAGAUUCCACAACCACAACCAUCACCCCAACAAUAUUCUCCGCCACAAUUUAACGGUAAGGAGCAUUCAUCUCUAAAUUGGCCUAUUGAAAAAAAUGCUGAUCUCGAGAAGGUGGUGGAAAAUUGUAAUAUGAUUGGACAAUUUGCAGCACAAUGCUUUGACUUGCACGUUGGAUCUAGAACUAAUAAGUUUGGUGGUGCAUUUUCGACAAACUCGUGGCAUCAUACAUCUUCAUCGGCAUCGCUAGCACCUAACGGUGUGCAAUUUUCUGUUUUCUCCGAGAAAAUGGUGACCGAAAUGAUAUCGAGAGCAUGGGAUGUUGUUAAUGUAUUGAGCAAUAUGAAAAAUGAUCUUUGUAAUAAUAGAUCUGAUGAAGUGAUUGAAACGGAUAACAUUAUCAGGAAUAAACGACCUAGCAUAACUGCAUCACCGCGAACAAAAUACCGAAAACGAAGUAAGCGCGCCGCACCUCCGGGAAGAUGUCACUCGUGUAAUAUUUCCGAGACUCCAGAGUGGCGCCGUGGUCCAGAUGGCGCGAGGACAUUAUGUAAUGCUUGUGGACUGCUUAUUAUUGCUCCCGCGCCUACUCCCACUUCGCAAAAUUCCACUGAUCCGAUGGCGAUGUCGAAAUCAUCACGUGUUAGUACUAUUAUUCUCGAUAGAGAACAACGUUCAAAGCGAUUAAGAAUAGAACCGCGUGGUGAGCAAGACAGUCUUCAUCGUUUAGCAAUGAUGAAGGGGGAAGAAGAACAUGAAAGUAGCAGGCGAUUAAGUUGA